AUGAGCGUGCCUGCGGCGCAGUGCCCGGUUCCGCCGGAGAUUGAAGGAUACCUGUACAAGAUGAAGCGCAAGACGGGCAUCAACCUGACGGGUAGCUGGAACAAGCGCUGGUUCUAUGUCGAUGUGAAGCGGAAGGAAUUUGGAUAUUCGGUGUCGCACUCCCAGCCCAUCAUGAAGAGCUCGAUCUUCCUCGACGACAUCACAGCCAUCGUUGUCUUUGACGACUACUGCUUUCAAGUCGAGUCCAAGGGUCGAAAGUUCUUCCUCAAGGGCGAAAGCAAAGCUGGUGCCGCGGUAUGGGUCAAGACCCUCGAAACGUACCGAUCACAGUUUGUUGCAUACGAAAAGUACAUGGCAUCGACACCGAUCUACACGCCACCGCCACCAAAGACCGCCGACGUCAAGUCCAACAACGGCAGCUUGGGAACCCCGUCGUCGGGCCCCGUCAAGACGGACCAUGCCGCACGCAAAACGAACCAACGCGUGGAGUAA